AUGCCUUCACGAAGGUACAAUCAGAAUAGAAAUGUUCAUGCACGUCCUAUAGGAGGAAAUGGAGGAAGAAUGAGACAGGAUAUGGGUAAGCGACCUCAGCAGGCGCAGAUGCGACCAGUAUGUAGGCAGUGCAGAAAGGAGCAUGGAGGUAGACCUUGUCAGCUUACAAGUGUUAUCUGUUUUUCUUGUGGUCAGCCUGGACAUAUGGCUAAGGACUGUCCGAAGAAGCCAGUACAAGGAAUAGAUAGGCCGCGACAGCAAGGACGUGUGUUUGCUAUGACUGCUGAUAACGCAAUGAAAUCAGACUCCCUAAUUCAAGGUCAGUGUUAUGUCAAAUCUCGACUCUUAACUGUACUGUAUGACUCUGGUGCAUCACAUUCAUUUAUUUCUGAGACUGUUGCGCAUGAGUUGGGAUUAGAUUUCACCAUGUUAGAUUAUAAUCUAAUUGUUCGUACACCCACAUCUCAAAAUGCCUUGACUAGUCAAGUAUGUCAACAGGUGCCUUUUGUUAUUGAGGCUAGGACUUUUAUACAUGACCUGGUUUGUUUGCCUUUGUGUGGUUUAGAUAUUAUCUUAGGUCUAGAUUGGUUGUCCAAGCAUCAUGUUUUCCUUGAUUGUUUUAAACGAAUUGCUACAUUUCCAUCAUCAGAAAUGCACACUGAACCAGUUGAGUCUUGUACUUUCUAUUUGAAUUCCCUAAGAGUUAUUUCUAGUAAUAGUGGGUUAGAGGGUUACGUUCUACUAUCGGCUAGCUCAGAAACUAAUGAACAAGACUUGGAGCAAAUCCGAGUGGUGAAGGAGUUUCCUGAUGUUUUUUCGGAUGAUAUACCUGAGUUUCUACCUCAGAGAGAGAUAGAGUUUAGUAUUGAUCUGGUUCCUGGAGCCGGACCAAUUUCUAUAGCACCGUAUCGGAUGUCACCGUUGGAACUAGCAGAGUUAAAGAAGCAGUUGAAUGAAUUGCUGGGGAAGAAGUUUAUUCGUCCGAGUGUAUCACCAUGGGGAGCUCCAGUGUUACUAGUAAAGAAGAAGGAUGGUGGAAUGAGGUUAUGUGUGGAUUAUCGGCAAUUGAACAAGAUCACAAUUAAGAACAAGUAUCCACUCCCAAGGAUAGAUGAUCUGAUGGACCAGCUGAGAGGUGCGACAGUAUUCUCGAAGAUUGAUUUGCAGUCAAGUUACCAUUAA